UCCCCAGGUAUCACCGAUACAGGAUCAUGCAAAGCUGACUCAGAGUGGAAAACCAAUGAGGCCCUUCGCACAUAUCGCGCUGGAGGUGGAGGCGAAACCACUGUGACAGUCCGAACCAGCUCAUGUGAAUUCCAUGUCGAUCUUGGGAGACUCUGCAAGUGCAGUGAGUACUUCCGAGCCUUGUCCCGAUCCAGAAUGAGAGAGACCUGGGAAAGCCUCAUCCACCUUGAACACGUGUCCUCCUCCGCCUUUCACAAUCUCCUUGAGUUUUCCUUCCAUGAUCAGUUCAAUGUCCCUCAGGAGGAGUUGGGCACACACAUCCAGGUCAGCAGCUAUCUCCUGGCCGAGGCCUUCCUCGCAAGGUGCUUGUCUGUCCUCGCGGACAAACUCAGCCCAGGUAGCUGCUUGUCUUACCUGAAUCUGGCUCGGGAGAUCGGCUGUCUUGAGCUUAAGAUGACGGUGUUCACCUACCUAAGUAGAAACCUGCUGGAGCUUCCUCACCUCGUCAAGUGUCUUAAUAACGCAGAGAAGGACGAAGUUGUCCAACUGAGGAAUCUAGGAGACAAACGUCUUUGCAGCCUAAGGAAAGAGAACCUCACUUCCUGGAAUGACCCAGAAACAGAACGUGCCCGACACGUGUUCUCCCUGAAAGAGUCUGAGGACAGCGGGGACUGGCAUGCGGUCACAGAGCUUCCUUUCAGUGCUGAUAAGUGGUGCUUCACUGCAGUGGUCCUGCAUAACUAUCUGUACAUACUAGGAGGCCACCGCCAGCCUGUGAAGAGAGGCUGGGAGUUCAAGAUGGCUUCCUUUCGGUAUAAUCCCUUUACUCAUUCGUGGUCCCCAACAGCGCCUCUGAUCAAGCGCAGGAGGCACUUCAGUGCAGUGGCCUGUGAGGGCUGCAUUUACGCUGUGGGAGGCUGGUACUUGGACUCACUGGUGACCCCAGACUCCAACACAGCUCUUUAUACAGCUGUAGAAUGCUAUGAUCCAUGGGAGGACACAUGGAGGUUUGUCUCCUCACUGCCACUCACUGACUUCACCGUGUCCUUAUCCCACGACGUGCCCCUUGCCACUAGCCAGGGACACUGUCUCUAUGUGUUGGGGAGCAUCCAGAGGACUGGAGAGAAGCUGCUACUGCAGUACAACACGAUUGGAGACUCCUGGUGUGAACUGCUUCCCACCCUUGCCAGAGCAGAUGCAGACCUCCCGGCUCUUUACUUCCUGGGUGCCACUGACAGGCUGCAUGUGAUUGGUGGGAACAACUCCGGGAAUGUGGUGACGUCAUUCUGCCUCCAGUCACAAAAAUGGGGUCAGGUGCAUACUGCGGAGAAAGUGGGAUUUGCAGGACAGGGGACAGUUGCAGAAUGAGGCAUGUCGCGGGUGAGAGAGGAACGGUCAGAGCAGGGGAGAGAGGGAGGGCUGGAAAAGCAGCUCUGAUCUCACUACCUGAGGAAAGCAACA